CCGGCGACUGGAGAAGCUGCCCCUGACCUGGAGGAGGCGACCUGACCGGCGACUGGAGGAGCUGCCCCUGACCUGGCCGGCGACUGGAGGAGCUACCCCUGACUUGGCCGGCGAACUGGAGGAGCUGCCCCUGACCUGGAGGAGGCAAAACUGACCGGCUGCUGGAGGAGGCGCACCCACCUGCCCCUACUGGAGGAAGAGCAACCACAUGGCCCUGGCUGCUGGAGGAAGAGCACCCACCUGCCCCUGUCGGAGGAGGAAGAGCUCUCACCUGCCCCUGCCGGAGGAGGCGCACCCAACUGGCCCUGCUGAGGAGGCACACCCUCUGCCACUGCUGGCGAAGGAGCACACACCUGGCCCUGCUGGAGGAGGCACACCCAUCUGCGCCUGCUGGAGGAAGAGCAUCCACAUGCCCCUGCCGGAGGAGGCGCACCCCUGCCUCUGCUGGAGGAAGAGCAACCACCUAGCCCUGCCGGAGGAGGCGCACCCCCUGCCCCUGCUAAUGGAAGCGCACCCAUCUGGCCCUGACUGCUGGAGAUCCGGAAUUGGAGGAAGGAGAAAGAGCACCUACCUCGCCAUGGCCCUGCUGGAGGAGACGCACUCACCCACCUGGCCCUGCUGGAGGACACGCACCCACCCACCUGGCCCUGCUGGCCCACCUUACCCCACCUUACCCUGCUGGAGGAGGCGCACCCACCUGGCCCUGACUGCUGGAGGAGGCGCACCCACCUGGCCCUGAGUGCUGGAGGAGGCGCACCUACCUGGCCCUGACUG